AUGGACAAAAUCGACGGUUCUUUUGUACGCGUCACAAGGACUUUUCCAUCGGGCGUUACGUACUGCGUUGAGAGGGCCGAGGAGGGACGGGAUUCGAUACUGUGCACGGCAGCUCUUCUUGGACACACGAACUGCGUCAGGAUCCUCGUGGAAUACAGAGAAGCAGACGUCGAAGAACUGGGCUCAGUUUCAGCUGAAGGACCUCUCAUGUCUGGAGUUAGUCCUUUAUGGUGCGCUGCUUCCAAUGGCCAUUACUGGGUUGUUGACUAUCUCCUUUCUAAAGGCGCCAAUCCAAAUGGCGAAACCAGUUUCAACGGCACUCCACUACAAGCAGCGUGCGCACUUGGGUACUUCGAAAUUGUCAGGCUUCUUGAGGAACACGGGGCCUACAUCGAGGCUGCUGAUAACCGCGCUGUCACUUGUCUGAUGCUUGCUUCCUUCGGCGGCCAUUUGGAAAUCGUGAAGUACCUUUUGGAAGUGGGCGCUGAUGUGAACAGCAAAAACAUAGAAGGCGAAAGCGCACUCCACGCAUGCGCAAAGGAAGGACAUCUGGAAGUAAUGAAACUGUUGCUGGAACACAACGCUCGGAUGGGUGCCGACUAUUCUGGAUUAACGCCUUUGACUGUGGCCAGCUCUCGUGGUCAUAGGGACAUGGUAGAAUAUCUGUUAAGUAGAAAUGACCUGGUAUCUGCAAAAGAGAAAGCUGAUGCAUUGGAGCUACUUGGAGCUUCCCUUUUCAACAGUACGGAAGAUAUAGUCGCUACAGUUAAUUACUGGAAAUCAGCAAUCAAUCAGAGGUACGUCAAUGGCGAACUCAUUCAUCCAAAAACCCAGGAUAAUUCGUCUUGUCCUUCAGAUGGGGAGUUCAGUGAAGUCAACACCUUGGAGGAAUUAGAAAGUAUAGAAUCAGACCCUCAAGAAGUUCAAUUGCAGGCACUUCUCGUGAUGGAAAGGAUUUUAGGCCCUGGUCACUUGCAAACAUUGAACAUUUUUAAUAAAAUAGGGAUUGCUUGUGUAAAUCGCUAUGCUAUUAAACGGUGCAUCAAAUUAUGGACUCACGCCAUCGAUACACAACGAAAUCAAUUGAAUCCACUGCACCAGAGUAGGCUGUUUCACUUCAGAUCAUUAGCCGACCUAUUUGGAUUCCUAACAAACACUGCGAGUGCACGCAACUGGAAUGAUAAUCCCAAGGAACACGCAGAGGAAUUUAUCAAUGUAUUUUCAAAGGGAAUCGAGGAAAUGGAGCUGAUUAUUUCUGCACUGAACAAUUCUGACGAUUGUGUAAGGAGCAAACACAAAUCUCACGUGGACCAGUUUAUCAUGAUAGUUUUGCAUUUUUUGGUGCCGUUUACGAGAUUGCAGCCUGACAUCCUGACUGCCAGCGGCACACAGUGA